AUGUCUUGCUACGACCUGUGCUCCACCUCUGCCUGCGGCGUCUACCGCCCCCAGCCCCUUGCUGACAGCGGGAAUGAGCCGUGUGUCCGUCAGUGUCCUGACUCCACAACCGUGAUCCAGCCGCCUCCAGUCGUUGUCACCUUCCCCGGCCCCAUCCUCAGCUCCUUCCCCCAGGAUUCAGUUGUGGGAUCCUCUGGAGCACCCGUCCUUGGGGGCUACGGCUCCCUGGGCUACGGCUCCCUUGGCUACAGGGGUCUGGGGGGCUAUGGCUCCUCCCUGGGCUAUGGAGGUCUGUAUGGCUAUGGGGGCUCCUCCUUGGGCUAUGGGGGCUUCCUGGGUUACAGGGGCCUGUAUGGCUAUGGUAGAUCUUAUGGUUCUGGCUUUUGCAGCCCUUACUCCUACCGGUACAGCAGGUAUAGCCGUGGCAGCUGCGGGCCCUGCUAA